AUGCAAAGUUUCUCACAUCUCUCGCUUUUGAGUGCUUCAACGGCGCAUGACAUGAACGAUGAGCCCUUCAGCGAGCAAAUUGACCAAAUGGAUCAACCGGAACAAGGAGUCGAGACGGCCAUCGAGAGCCCACCGUCGCUCAACAUCGAGAUGUCGUUUGACGAUUGCGAGGCACCGCAAAUGCCCCUCCUCCCGCCUCUCAACGGAUUCAUUUUUCGCUUCGGAAAUGCUGAAUUCAUCGCCAAGAUCAUCACGUGCCCGACAUUUCGCCGUGUCGAGAUCCGCCUUUCCACACAGAAACCCCUCGAAAUCUCCUAUGUUGCUCAGGUACGCAUUCGUACCGGUGAUGCCGUUAUUCCAGGGACACGCGUCGUGGACAAGGAUGUCUUCCACUUUUCAUCAUACAUGCAUCAUCCUCCAUUAGCUGUGCACGUCGUCGAUGAGCGAGUGGCCGUGUUGCACAUCGAAAUGCGUUUCGUCAACUUGAUCGAGCGACCCCAUCCGAAGUUCAACGACGGCGACGUGACGCUGAUGUUUCCCGACGGAGAACCGCUCACCACGUGGAGAGCCCUGCUUGCACACCAUUCGCCCUACAUGAAAGAGCUGAUGCGCGAAGUGCCGCCCGGAGGCCGUGUCGACGUGUCGCCGUUUUGCCGCUCGGAUUUUCUCACCCUGCUCAACUUCAUCUACCCGACGCGGAUGCCAAUCUAUAGGGAUUUCAAAGGCCUCGUUCGUGCCGCCAACGCUUUCGAAGUGGAAACGGUGCUCUAUGCGUGCUCGCGCCAUUUUGUCGACCAUCCCGAUUGGGGCAUCGAGCGGAAGAUUCCGGAGGCCGUCAAAAUUGAAUUGCUGCCAGCGCUCGAGGAGUUGGUUUACAGGGCUUGCCAAGCGGGCACGUGGAUGCAGAUGAUUUCGAACGGAGUGCGUCCAGAGCAAUUUUGUGGAGCCGCCGCUUACCGGAAUGUGAUCUGUCCGACGAUUUUGAAGGCCAAGUCGAUGCGCUAUGGACAGACGUUGCUGGUGUCACCAUGGAAAGCGCCGAAUUUCUUUUGCCCGCUCCCGGAAGAUCGAUGGAUGUAUGUGAAGAUUAUGGUGAUGGGUACACCGUUCUACGUGAACCGCGGCGUUUUGGAGAUCUACGGCUCUGAUGGAUACCUGGGCACAGAGAAUCCAGAGGAACUUAUCGCUAUUGUCACAAAUGAAUUCAUCGAGAGUUGCAAGCAAGCUGAGGCCACUGUGGGAGAGGUGGUGAUGUCUUUGUUCACUUGGUUGCACCCAUUGGCGCCACCGAUCUCGUCCCGUCUUCUGCGUGCCGCCCUUCUCUUUGCUCAUCAACACAAGAUGUACAUUGUCGUCAAGGAGUUGGAACAGUGCUUGAUUCUCGAGCCGCCCGAGUCGCCGAUGCGUUUGCUGGAGAAUUUCGUGUUGGCCGAGCGCUUGGAGCUGGACAAUUUUCUCAGGACUAAUCUGCAACGAGUCGAUGGGAGCUGUCAAAUUUUCGGCAACGACAUGAUCAGUCACCCGCUCUUCCACCAUCUCUCGAAGGCGCUGAAGGAGCGAAUCGUCGAUCGGGUGUGCUCGGGAUGGGGCCUUCUCACGCACACGCUCACAAAGAAGCAAGCGACCAAGCACUACCUGCGCAUCGUGGACAUGGUUGGCGGUGGACCACCGAUUGAGGAGGGCAUGUGCCCAGAGACGUUUCAAUCGAUAAACUCGCAAUCGAUUUUUGGACCACGACACGAGAUGCACGAUUUGGCUGAGCAGGAGCUCCACAUUGAACAGCAACAAGAGGUGACGAUCGGUGACGGU